AUGUUUGUCUGUGGAUACUGGGCUACUGCAUUUGCUCCAAAUAUGUAUGCAGCUAUCUUUACGUGUGGAAUAACGGCAGGAAUUGCUGCAGGGUUAGGAUACACAGCCAGUAUUGUCUCAAUCGGUUUCAAUUUUAAGAAAAGGAAGCAAGUUGCACUGGGAAUUACUUUAUCUGGUAUGGGCGCUGGGAUAUUUGUUUUCGCGCCACUCAUGAAUCUUGCACAUGCGCAUUAUGGAUCUACUGGAUUUUUCAUUGUGAUGGCUUCAAUGUCGGCAAAUGUAGUUACAUUUGGAUUUCUUUAUUUCCCGAGUAAACUGGAAAUAUUUGCAUAUGAGCAGCGACAGAAAGAAUCUGGAAAAAGAAAUGGAGGCAUUGCUUUUGCUAAGACAUUCAAAAUGUACUAUAAAUCAAUUUUGAAGAAAUCAAUUAUUUGUCUAUCUGUGGCAACGUUUGCAUUUUGUAGUGGUACAGAUCUUGUCUUCUUAAAUUUACCAACUUUUGUUGAAGAAAAUGGCUUUACGUCCACCCAGGCUGCUUUGAUAGUUUCAUUAAAUGGAAUUUUGUCAGUGGUAGGGCGUUUCUUGACAGGCUGCCUGGCAAGUUUUCAGAAGAUAAAUUUAUUAUGGUUGUAUUCUGGCAGCUUAUCAAUAGUUGCAAUAUCAAUAGCAAUUUAUCCAUUUAUUGCAAACCUAUUUGUAGGACAUGUUAUGUUUAGUUCUUUUCUUGGAGUAUUUUUCGGAUGUGGCUAUGUACUGAUUUCACCAAUGUGUUCUUAUUUUGUGGAUAUUCAAUUUACAUCAGCAGCUAUAGGCUUUGUAUUAUUCUUCGGAGGAGCAGGCUCGAUGUUUGGACCAAUGUUUGCAGGUAUUGUGCUUGACAAUGGUGGUACAUACGAUAUAUGCUUCUACACUGCAGGUGGUCUAGUAUUUUUGGCAGCUAUAAUAGGUCUAUUAACUUCAUUUGGUUUUAAACGGCAACAAUCGAUGGUUUAA